CCAGUCUCAUCUGACCGAGAGGCAGACGGAGCUCUAGCGGUCGAACUCAUCCCAGCAGCUCUGCAUCAUCAUCAUCAUCAUCAUCAUCAUCAUCUUCAUCAUCCUCCUCAUCGUCCGUCCGCAAAGUGAAAAACUAUCGGACAGUUGUUUCACCGUCUUCACUUUUUUUUUUUCCUCCACCUCCUCCAUUUUUUUUCUUUCUCUCUUGCAGCGUGUGUGUGUGUGUGUGUGUGUGUGUGUGUGUUGGGGUCUAUGUGUGUGUGCGUGUCAGUGCGCGCGUGCUAUCGCCUGUAGUUGUGAGCAGCGAUGCAGGGCAACGACCGACACGUAAACGAGGGAUCGAGGCGGCAACUUCACUUUCACAAAUGCACUUUGUAUCUAUUAUUCAUCCUGAGUCUGCAGCUGGAGAGGAGCGCCGCCGCCGCCGCCGCUGCGCCGCCGCCGCCGCCGCCACGGGACGCUGACGAGUUCGCGUUCUUCCACGAGGGGGCCAAUGGGUGCCUGGGGGUGCGGGACCACUCCCUCGUCCUGUCGAAGUCCUGCAAGGAGGACGACCAGCGCUGGAAGUGGGUGACCCGCGGGCGCCUCUUCAACCUGGGCUCCUCGCUCUGCCUGGGCGUGACCACCGGCAACCUCACCUCCCGAUCGGACAGGUCCCCCCUGGGCGUGUUCACCUGCGACCGGGAGCCGCCCCGGGUGCGCUGGACGUGGAGCUGCGGCCAGGUGCUGGACAACCUCAACAACUACCUUCCCUCGCCGUCCGUCCUGAACUCCUCCUCCUCCUCCUCCUCCUCCUCCUCCUCCUCCGCGCCCUCCAAGCUGAAGUGGGCGCUGCACGGCGGCGCGCGGGACCUGUGUGCCAAAAUGCAUCAAGAGAUCUACACGAUCCAGGGGAACUCGCACGGCCGCCCCUGCUACCUGCCCUUCCUCUACGACGGCCAGUGGUUCCACAGCUGCACCAGCAUCGGCCGCGAGGACGGCCACCUCUGGUGCGCCACGUCCUUCGACUAUGGCAAAGACGAGCGCUGGGGCUUCUGUCCCGUCAAGAGCAGCGGCUGCGAGACGUUCUGGGACACUGACCCGCUGACGGACAGCUGUUACCAGUUCAACUUCCAGGCGACGCUGUCGUGGAGCGAGGCUCGGAUCAGCUGCCAGCAGCAGGGGGCGGACCUGCUGAGCAUCACCAAGCUGCACGAGCAGACCUACAUCAACGGUCUACUGACCGGCUACAGCGCCGCUCUGUGGAUCGGCCUCAACGACCUGGACAUCAACGGCGGCUGGCAGUGGGCCGACUCCUCGCCGCUCAAGUAUCUCAACUGGGAGCAAGACCAGCCGAACCACGAGGAGGAGGAGAACUGCGCCGUGAUCCGAACCGAGUCGUCGGGCCGCUGGCAAAACCGGGAUUGUUCCGUGGCGCUGCCGUACGUCUGCAAGAAGAGGCCCAACGCCACGCUGGACCCCUUCACCACAGACUCGUGGACGGACGAUGAGAAGUACGAGUGUGAUGUGGGCUGGCAGGCCUUCCAGGCCGGCUGCUACAAGCUGACCUCGGAGAAGACCGACUGGGACACGGCUCAGAAGACCUGCCAGAAGAUGGAGGCCAACCUGGUCAGCGUCCACACGCUGCCCGAGCUGGAGUUCAUCAUCCGCAACUUGAAGAGAGACGUCGAGCAGCUGUGGAUCGGGCUCCACGACACCGACAUGCAAAUGGACUUCCAGUGGACCGACCACACACCGGUCAUCUUCACCUACUGGCACCCCUUCGAGCCCAACAACUUCCGUAACACCCAGGAGGACUGCGUCUCCGUCUGGGGAGCUGACGGCCGCUGGGACGACAGCCCCUGUAACCUGACGCUGCCCUCCAUCUGUAAGAAGCCGGGAACGAAGAGUGACGGGAAGCCGCAGCACCAAGAGUGCAAACAAGGUUGGAAGUGGCACAGUCCAGCUUGUUACUGGGUCGGAGAAGAUCUGCUCACCUUUGACGAGGCCAGGAAAUCCUGUGAGGACCACGGAGCCGCCCUCGUUACCAUUACAAAUAGGUUCGAGCAGGCCUUCGCCAACAGCCUGCUGUUCGGUCGCUCUGGAGACUUCUUCUGGAUCGGCCUCCACGACCAGAGCAGCCGCGGCUCCUUCCACUGGCUCAGCGGGGAUGAGGUGUCCUACACCAACUGGAACCGCGACCAGCCAGUCGACGUCCGCGGCGGCUGCGUCUCCAUGGUGACGGGCUUCGCCACCGGUCUGUGGGAGGUGAGGCCGUGCGCGUCGUCCAAGGCGAAAUUCGUCUGCCGACAGAACCAGGACACGUCGCUGAGCCCGCCCGAGCCGCCGCCCGCCCCCCAGCCCACCCCGAGUCUCAGCGGCUCGUGUCCCGGCGGCUGGAAGAGCAACGGCAACCUGCGCUACUGUUACAAGGUGUUUCCUGUGUCCCAGCUGGAGCAGAAGCUGAGCUGGCUGCAGGCUCACCUGUACUGCCAGAGACACGGAGCCAACCUGCUGAGCAUCGGCAGCCCCGACGAGGAGCAGUUCGUCCUCAAGAUCCUCCACGAGGCCUUCGGGGAAUCGGAGGACCACGAGCAGCAUUGGUUUUGGAUCGGACUGAACCGCCGCAACCCCCUGGACAACGGCGGUUGGAAGUGGAGCGACGGGUUGGCCUACACGUACCAGAACUUCGGCCGCGCCUACUACAACAUCCGGCAGUGUGCCGCGGCCGACCUGGGCACCAUGACCUGGCUCGCCAUGCACUGCGAGUCUGAGCUCGACUGGAUCUGCAAGAUCCCCAGAGGAAGCGUCGAGAAGGAACCAGAAGUCUCCGAAGGCACCGGUUCCCCGGAGUGGAUUCCCUUCCAGGAGGCGGAGUACAAAUUCUUCGACCACCGCACCACCUGGGACCAGGCCCAGCGGAUCUGCUCCUGGUUCGAUUCCUCGCUGGCCUCCGUCCACUCGGCUGAGGAGGAGGCUUUCCUGGCCAACACUCUGCACAAGAUGGUGAAAGUGGAGGGCGACAACUGGUGGCUGGGGCUUCACACCUACGAGAACGACGGCCGCUUCCGCUGGUCCGACCGCUCGGUGCUCAACUACGUGUCCUGGGCUCUCGGCAGGCCGCAUCCGCUCAGCCGCGACCGCAAGUGUGUCCACAUGUCGGCCAGCAAAGCCGACUGGGCCGAUCAGAAGUGCCACUCUGACCUGCCCUACAUCUGUAAGAGGGUGAACGUCACCGGCACCGCUCCUCCGACUCCGUCGCCCCCGCACCCUCCCUCAGGCUGCCCCGACGGGUGGGCUUCCUAUCAGCACAAGUGCUUCAGGGCGUUCGAUCAGUUGUACCGGGUCACGUGGUCUGCGUCCAAGUUGAAGUGCGAGACGCAGGGAGGUGUGCUGGCAGUGGUGUCCAAUCACUUGGAGCAAGCCUUCGUCACCACCCUGCUGAACAACGCCAGCGUCGACCUCUGGGUGGGUUUGACCUCGGACUCCAAAGGUCACUUCCAGUGGGCCAAGGCCGGCCUGCUCAGCUACACCAACUGGGCCCCCGGGGAGCCGCUCGACAACAGCGGACCACACCAGAACAAGACGCGGGCAAACUGCGUGGCGCUGAUUCACGGGAACCCGCAGAAGAACAGCGGCAUGUGGGCCUCGCGGGCCUGCGAGAUGGAGAGCAACGGCUACGUCUGUCAACGGCAUCAAGACCAGGGCCUCCCUCCGGCGCCGGCCCUGAUUCCCGCCUCCCUGUCGGAGCCCGUGGAGCUGGGCGGCGUGACGUACCGGGUGGUAGAGAAGCGCCUGGACUGGACCGGCGCCCUGCACCUGUGCGAGUCUCUGAAUGGGACUCUGGCCACGGUGAAGGAUCCCUACCAGCAGGCGUACCUCACGCUGCUCAUCAACCGCCUGCGCCGGCCCGCCUGGGUCGCGCUCUACAACUACGGAGGGCGGAGCUUCACCUGGCUGGGCGAAGAGGAGGUGUCGUAUUCCAACUGGAACGACGGGGAGCCCAAUCAGAUGGCCGGAUGCGGCCACAUGACCACUACGGGGCAGUGGACCAUGACUCCCUGUGACGCCAAGCUGGAGGCAGCGAUCUGUCAAAUCACUGACGAGAGCGUCGGCCACCAGUGGAUCUACCCCGGCUCGUGCCCUCACUCCCUCGGGGAGUGGGCCUGGGUGGCGUUCAGAAACCACUGCUACGCCUUCAACCUGCAAAAUCUCAAACUGCAGCAGGACGCACGCACGUCCUGUAACAAAGUGGGAGCAGAGCUCCUCUCGGUCUUGGAUGAAACGGAGAACGGAUUCGUGUGGGAGCACAUCCAGAGCUAUGCGGAGCAGGCGCACGGAGCUUGGCUGGGCAUCAGCGUUAAAGGUCGAGGGCUGGUGUGGAGCGUGGACACGGAGAUGUCGUACACCAACUGGGAGGCGCGCGACCUGGCGUUCUCUGUCCUGUCGCCCAACUCCUGCUUCUGGAUCCUGAGCAACAGCGGCCUGUGGAAGCCGGGCUCCUGCCGGAACCGCACGCACGGCGUCAUCUGCAAGCGGCCGCGCAGUGCUGAAACCUCAGUUGUGACAAUGGACAGCGACCACCUGCCCACCCUGAUCGUCGUCAUCGCGGCCGGCCUGAUGCUGGUGCUGCUCAUCGUCGGCGUGAUCUACGCGUACCGGCGGCGGACGGGCGGCUCGCGGGGCUCCUACGAGGGCGCCCGCUACAGCCGCACCAGCUCCAGCCUGUCGGAGCAGGCGGAGAAGAACAUCCUGGUGUCGGACAUGGAGCUCAACGAGCAGCCGGAGUAGCGGAGCCGCGGCCGGACCCCGGACCCCCGACCCCCGACCCCCGAACCCCGGCGCGGGCGGGAGGGGCUGGAAAAAAACACGUCGCGGCAAUUUGUGUCGUCUCUUUCGGAAAACCAAUCGAGUAGCGCUGAAGGGCUGUGUAGAGCGCAGCCGGUGUGUAGCUGUUAAAUUGAAUCCCCCGCCUCCUCGCAGACUUAACAAUUUCUCUCCGGACCAAUCAGAUCAUUCCUUUGGAUACAGCGUUUCCCGUCGAUCCCCUCCGUGAAUGGAUCCACUGGGAGUUUAGUCUCACCGCACAUUGGAGAAGUUCGACGGGACUCCUCGUCGUGUUGCCCGGUACGAACGUACUCGGUCCCAUUUUUGAUCGAAUGAGCAAAAGGAAGAAAAAAAACAAACCCAACAAA